GUGUAGGUUGUUGAGAGCCCAAACUCUCUAUCAAAUUAUCUUCAAAAUUGGUAUUCUUCUUGUACGGUACUUGCUAAUAGUUGCAAAAUACAGAGCAUUUACAAAUUGGAGGAAGGUAUCCCUAUAAAUGGAGAUAAGUAUGGUACAGAAUUUUUAUAGUUCGAAAAGUACUUCUAAUAUACAGACAGAUUACACGGGAGAAAAUAUUAAUAAAAUGAGCUCCGCUAGGUUCAUCAAAUGUGUGACCGUAGGCGAUGGCGCGGUAGGGAAGACGUGCAUGUUGAUUUCCUACACUAGCAACACUUUCCCCACGGAUUAUGUUCCAACUGUGUUUGACAACUUCAGUGCUAACGUUGCGGUGGGUGGUAGCGUAGUGAAUCUUGGCCUGUGGGAUACUGCAGGACAAGAAGAUUACAACAGGCUUAGGCCUCUCAGUUACAGAGGAGCUGAUGUGUUUCUCUUGGCUUUCUCUCUAGUUAGCAAGGCUAGCUAUGAGAACAUCUACAAAAAGUGGAUCCCUGAGCUAAGACACUACGCCGCAGCUGUACCCAUUGUGCUGGUUGGAACCAAGCUUGACUUGAGAGAGGACAAGCAGUAUUUGAGAGAUCAUCCUAAUGCAACACCUAUAGCAACAUCCCAGGGAGAAGAAUUGGAAAAGAUGAUAGGUGCAGUUGCUUACAUUGAAUGUAGUUCCAAAACUCAGCAGGCAAGCACUCAUCCUUUUUUACAUAACAUUGUACCUUUUUUAAUAAAUGGGCCUCAAAUUUUAUUUCAUAGUUUACAUCGUCGAAAGUUGUGUUACGUGUAAUUUUUAUUUUUAAGCGCUAGUAGAUAAUUUAAGGAUCGCAUUUUAUGAAAAAGUGUGGUACAAAAGUUAUAAUCUCUUACUUUUCAACAGCUGAAAUGUAAUUAUCCCAAAUGCAGGCCCAUAUGAAAUCGACUACUGCUAUUUUCGAUCAGUGUUUAUGGUUUAAAACUACUACUGUAUUGUGCAUAAUUACUAAAUUAAUUAAUUUCAAAGACAGUCAAUAUUAUUGUUUGUUGAACAUUUUUAGAAUUUUUGUCAAAUUUUUUACAAAUUAAUCAUUCAUCGAAAUCAAGAAAGCAUACAAAUAUGGUGACAUGAAGUUGAAAAAUUCAAAUCAAACAAUCCUAAGGACACCAAAGAAAUCUCUUUCGAAAUAUUUUCUUUUGUCUUUAGCAAACUCUUUUCUUCUUCUUCUUUUUUUUUUUCACUUUUGAUCAUAAUUGCAUUUGUCUUUUAAACUCUGCUAGCCAGGACGAAUGAUUAAUCAAAACCAUUUGAUGCGAGUCUAACAAAUUAAAUGUCACAUAGUCCAAUAUUAAAGAUAAUAAACCUAAAUUUAGGCGAGGGUGCGGCGCUAAAUCUCUAAUUUGAUUUACAGUUUUCUUCUUUUGGCAUUUCAGAACGUGAAGGUGGUAUUUGAUACUGCAAUAAAGGUUGCUUUGCGCCCACAAAAACUGAAGAAAAAGCCACCCAGGCCGAGGCCAUGCACAUUUCUUUGAAUCGACACUCUUGCCUUGAUUAAUAAUACAAUAACAUAUAGGAAUUGAUUUCUACACUCCCCUUUUUACCAUAUACACUCUCUUUUUGGUCUUUAUUUGGUGUGAAUUUACUCUAUUGCCCCUUAGUGUGUAAAAAAUUGAACUUGUGAAAAGGUAAAAAGGUAAAUUCACAUGAAUAAAGACAAAAAAAAAAAAGGGAAUGUAUAUGGUAAAAAAGGGAGUGUGGAAAUCAAUUCCCAAAUAUAUCUAUCCAAAUUUUUCAAUAUUGUCACGGUUAUUGCGCUUUCCGAUUCUUGUAAUCACAAAAUUUCAAUUUAAUCUGUGCAUAAUCUUUAGAGGUGUUGGAGUUAUGUUUUUUUGGUUGAGCUUUAACAAUUGGAACAAGUGAAAUGUUGUUUUGCUA